UUCUCCCUUUCACAUUCAUUUUCUUCGCUCCAAAAGCCUCCUCAAAGAUUCUGCUCGUCUUCCUCACAUUUUCUCCUCUUUAGGGUUUCGGUUCUCUUCUAUUUUCCGACCACCAACACAAUACUCAAAGCUUCUCAAUCACGCUCCUCCUCGUGAGAAAUCUCCUACUUUUCUAACGGAUUCUUCUGGAAAUUUAUCUAUUUCGUUUCUUUUUUGCUCGCAUCUCUAUGAGACUUCUGGGGCAUUUUGAUAAGUUAUGCGGCUUGGUUUGCUUUGUGGCCUCAUAAAGCUUCUGUCGAUUUAAGUAAUACAUAUAAAGCCAGUUUUCCACUUUCCUUUAUUCGACAGCUUUUGGAGGAUUGUGAUUUCGUCCAGCAAUUUUCCCGGGUUUUACUUAUUCCACACCAUUUUAAUAAUUGGCUUAGUAGAUCCGAUAUUUCCCAUCAGACGCAAGUGAAGGUCGCCAAAUUUUGCGCUUGUUUACUGGCUUUCUUCUCCGUAUUUCAUAGUUCGAUCUGCAGUUUGAUCUGGGUAUCUUUGUGUUGCUGAUUUCCAGUUAUCGUGUAUUGAAGAUUUGGAUUUGAGUCUGCGACUUUCUAUUAAUUUGUUGAAGUUGAGGUGGAGUGAUUUUCUUCGACUUAUUGGUUUAUCUCUGCCCCAUACCCUGGCCGACACCGCUAGAACUUGCAAUUAUUGAAUACUUUUGAUUGGUCAGCAGAGGCUAUUUUCCGAGCUUUAAAUUUGUUGAUAUCUAGGAAUUGAUUCUUCACAAGGGCGCUGUUUGUAGUUCUUCUGGGAUAAGGGUCAAAAUCGGACUUCAUAGAUAAAUUUAUGUCUUUGGCAGAAAUAUGGCCACGGGUUUAGAUUUUUCACCUCCCUUCACCCUACUGGAAGGCGGCGGAUACAAUAAGGACAAUGUAUCAGCCACAGAUGACGAAAGUUCUGAUAGCUUUAAUAGUUUGAAACAGAUGACCAGUGGGAAGCCUCCCCGACACCUCUCAGUAAUGCGGCAUAGUGUGAGCUCCAUAAAGCUCCUUGGUCAAGCUGACUUGAGCUUGGAUGCAGAAACUCUUGGGAAUAAGUCGCCUGAUGGGAAAACAGGAUUCUUACCUGUCUUGAGAUCGGGUAGCUGUUCAGAAAAAGGACCUAAGCAGUACAUGGAAGACGAACACAUAUGCAUAGAUGAUCUUGUUGAACAUAUCCAUGCUUGUGCAGAUUUCACUUCUCCUGGAGCGUUCUAUGGUGUAUUUGAUGGCCAUGGGGGUACAGAUGCCGCUGCUUUUGUUAGAAAGAACAUCCUCAGAUUCAUUGUGGAGGACUCCUGUUUUCCAAUUAGUGUAGAGAAGGCAAUUAAGAGUGCCUUUUUGAAAGCUGAUUAUGCUUUUGCUGAUGCUAGUUCUCUGGAUAUCUCCUCUGGCACUACUGCCCUAACUGCUUUCAUUUUUGGAAGAACAAUGAUUAUUGCGAAUGCUGGGGAUUGUCGUGCUGUUCUGGGUAGGAGGGGCAAGGCUAUUGAGGUGUCGAAGGAUCACAAGCCCAACUGUGCAUCUGAAAAACUCAGAAUUGAGAAGCUUGGUGGGGUGAUAUAUGAUGGCUAUCUCAAUGGCCAGUUAUCUGUUGCGCGUGCUAUAGGAGAUUGGCACAUGAAAGGUGCCAAGGGGUCUGCUAGCCCACUGAGUGCCGAGCCAGAGCUGCAGGAAUUGAAUCUGACGGAGGAAGAUGAAUUUCUAAUAAUGGGGUGCGAUGGGCUUUGGGAUGUUAUGAGCAGUCAGUAUGCUAUUACAAUGGCAAGGAAAGAGCUAAUGCUACACAACGAUCCAGAAAGAUGUUCAAGAGAGCUGGUAAGGGAGGCGCUAAAGCGCAAUACGUGCGAUAAUUUAACUGUUAUUGUGGUCUGUUUUUCCACUGAUCCGCCCCCUCGGAUAGAAAUACCUCCAACUCGAGUAAGGAGAAGCAUAUCAUUAGAAGGGCUGAAUUUGUUGAAAGGUGUACUGGACUGCAAUUCAUGAUUUUAAAGGGAAAGAGAUGUGAGAGUUGGUGUAUAUAUAACAUUGGUUUAGCAGACUGGGCUACGGUUUCUCCACCAGAGCUGCCUAUGCCCCUUAUCUAUUUGGCAUUGGAUGCUCAUAUGCUUUAACGACGAAAAUAAAGAGUCAUAUCAGAUUCUUUUUUUCUUCCCCCUUGUUUUUCUGUUCCUUUCGUUGUAAUGUGUUUUCGAACUCUAUGCGUGUACAGAUCAAUGUUGUAACAGUUGGUAACCCUAAUAUUCAUUUGUUUUCUUAUCUCUGCGUUUCUAUGAAGCUGGUGAGAAUUUUCGGAGGCAUCAA